AUGCAGCGGGGCGUGAUGGGGGCCAGCCUGACGUACGCGGUUGCACCUGGGAUGGUCCGGGAGCCCGUGGCCGUGUCCCAGCAGCCCACCGAGCCUGUGCAGUUACAGAGGUCCGAGGAGCUCACUUUAGGCGCUCCCAAGGUGAUCGACACGACGAUCACGGUGAUGCCGCCGGUCUACAUGGAGCCGCUUCCCCCCAGCGCAGCGCGGAGCACGUCCAGUCCGUCCAUGCCCGCAGAGCCCAUCCAGUCCGCGCCCGUGGAGCCCGUCCCGCCCGUGCAGUCCUUCCAGCAGCCAGCUGUCGUGCAGACGCUGCCCGCGGUCACCGCGCCCGCCGUCUACAUGACCGCCCCGGCGUCCUCGGUGGCGCGCGCGGUUUCAUCGUCGCUCCCGGCGGCGGACCCGGGCUUCAUCGUGGAGCCCAUGGCGGUCGACGCCCCGCCGGUCGAGCCCGUGCAGGCCCCAGUCGAGCCUGUGCAUGCAGCGGCCGCCGAGACCGUCAGGACGGUGGGCCAGAUCACCGUGGCAGCUCCCGUGUACGUGUCCAGGGCCGCCGCGCCGCCUGUGGAGCCAGUCCAGUCGCAGACCUACGCCCCCGCUGAGCCCGUGCAGAGCUACGCCCCCACUGAGCCUGUGCAGACCUACGCCCCCACUGAGCCUGUGCAGACCUACGCCGCCCCCGAGGUCGAGGUGCGGGAGGUCGUGAAGGAGGUGGCGGUCGUGCAGGUCCAGACCGUGGAGAGGAUCCAGGAGGUGCCCCAGAUCCAGGUCCAGGAGGUGAUCCGGGAGGUGCCCACGGUGCAGGAGGUCGAGGUGAUCAAGCAGGUGUUCGUCCCGCAGGUUCAGGAGGUGAUCAAGAUUGUCCACGUGCCGCAGGUCCAAACCGUUGAGAGGAUCGUCGAAGUUCCGAUGGUCCGACGCAUCCAGAGGGACGUGGAGGUGCCGCAAAUCGAGACGCGCGAAGUCAUCAAGCAGGUGUACAAGCAAGAAAUGCGCGAGGUUAUCAGAGAGGUCCCGAAGAUACAGGUGCAGACUGUCGAGAAGAUCGUGGAGGUUCCACAGGUCCAGCAUCAAGAGAGGAUCGUCGAAGUCGUAGAGGAACAGGUAGAAGAAGUGAUCAAACAGGUGCCAAUGACGGUCGUGCAGGAGGUCGUGAGAGAGGUUCCGCGGAUCCAGGUACAGAAGGUGGAGAAGAUCGUGAGCGUGCCUCAGGUGCAGACCGUCGAGCGGGUGGUCGAGAUCCCCCAGGUCAACACCGUGUACCUGCCGGCCGUGGAGCCAGCGACGGACCCGCUGCCGAGGGGCGCCGUGGUGGUCGGCGCGUCUGCCAGCAGCCCCCAGGUAGUGCAGACAGAGCAGGGGGCGAUGAUCAUGGAGCCAGUGGCCACGGGAUUGCCGGGCGCUCGCGCGUGA